AGAGAUCGACGAAGAAGAUCCUCUUGAAGCGAAUGGCGCGAACGAAUCAGAUAAAGCAGGGAAAGAGAAAGGAAGAAGCAAGAACAAGCCAGGUGUCUCCAGCAGAGGUCAAGGAGGGGAUGAAACGGAGUUCAAAGAGAACUUAGAGCCGAACUCAACGUCGCAUCCGAAGGAGCUCGAGCGAGUCGGGUCUUCUGGAAGCAGCAAGGCAUCGCAUGAAGACACGAACGCCCCAAAGGCUCCUCGACAACGAGCAACUUUCAACAUGGCGCCGGAGUUCUUGAAGGCCAUCGAGGACGCUAGGAACCGAACCAGAGACUCGAAGGAGUCUGAGCUCUCAACAAUGUUCGGGAACCUGUUCGAUCAGCUGGAUACAGACAAGGGCGGUACGCUGGAGGUGGACGGCGAGCUGCUGCAGGCGAUGAACAAACUUGGGUUGGACGUCCUGCUCAAAGAUCUGAGGAUUGCCAUGGAGAAAGUGAUCCAACGUAAGCAUGACAGGGUAGAGAAGGCGGCGAUGUUUCAGAAGAGGUUGUGCUGGGACUACAUGUUCAAGGAGGAAUUCAUCAAGGUGAUGAUGCUGAUGAUGGAGCCGGAGGAGAUUGACCAGCAGAAGAAGGCGGAGGAAGAGUUGUUCAAGGUGUUCGAAGAGUUCGACGCGGACAAGAGCGGGACCAUCGAUGCGAACGAGCUGGGAAAGGUGAUGGAGAAGCUGGGAAGGCCGUUGGACCCUCUUCAGAUCGAGGACAUCAUCAUGCAGAUCGACACUGAGGGGAAGGGAGAGAUCGGGUGGGUUGACUUUGCCAGCAUCUUCGGGGUACGAGCGACGCCCAUCGACUACGCGCAGGCGAUGAAGGGAGACAAGAUGAAUCAGCUGUCAGAGGCCCGCGCCGCCUUCCGCGCGUUCGAUUUCGACAAGAGCGACUCGAUCGACAUCAUGGAGCUGGACGCGAUCAUGAGGGCGAUGGGGAAGCGCCUGACGGAGCAGCAGCUGACCAACAUGAUGAAGAGUGUGGACAAGGACGACAGCGGGGAGAUCGACUUCAAGGAGUUCUGCGUGCUGCUGGGGAUCGAGUGGAAGGACGAGUACCAGGAAAUGAUCAAGGAGCUCGAUGCCAUGACGAAGAACCAGGCGAACAAGCGCCGCGCGUCCGUUAGCCACGAGGACGCGCCCAGCGGGGAAGUAUUCCUGGGGGAGGAGGCGCCUGGAGGCACAGCGAUCCACCAGGACCCAUCGGGGUACACAGCGAUCAAGUACUCGCCCAACGGCAGGUACCUGGGGGUCUGCUGCACCGACUGCGUCAUUCGCGUCUUCGAGCUCGAUGGCUACA